AAAUGGCGACGUCUCCUCUGGUAACACGAUGUAACUGUUUAACCUUAUUGUAUUUUAUUUUUAGUUGUUAAUUGAGUUUAAUAAUAUGCUGUAGCAUCGGUACUAAUUGCAGUAUACCUAGUUUUUAUAAAGCGUUUUUCAUCAUACAAUCAUAAAUCAUAUUCAAUGCAGAAGCAAGGUUAUGUCAUGUUAUUGUAUUUGAUAUAUUAGAACUAUUUUGGGUCAAACGAUCUAUUAUGAAUUAUAAUAAAAUUGAAGAUUUAUCAAAAACGUUAAAAAAAUUCAUAAUAUCUGAGGACGAAUUAGUUACAUUUAGAAAUAUAAAUUCGGAAGUGAUUAAAAUAUUACAAGAUUGUUUUUCCUACUCGUUAAAAACUGGAAAAGAUGAAAAGAAAUCGUUUGAAAUAGAAAGUGUGUUAGAUUAUUUACAAGAUGAAUUAAAUACAGGCCACUGGAGCGAAGUCCCAAUUCACAUCAGACAUUGUUUCACCUCAGCCAGUUUCAUAAAAUGUUUAAUUAUCUUAAAAUCUGCAGAAUCUUUCGAUUUAGAACUUUUAAGAAAAUGUGUAAAAUGUCUCGAUAUGGGACUUCUAUUGGGUGCACCUUUGAGAGACAAUUUUGAGCUGUUAACAACAGCAGCUAAAUAUAUAUCUGAACUAAUAACUAAGGUGUCUGAACAUUUGUGUGAAAGUCAAAAAAUUGAAAGCUCGGAGCCUGGUAAGAGAAAAUUUUGUGAUUACUACAGAUCACGUUUUGAAAAACUAAAUGCUAUCGAAAUCGAUGGUGUGGAAUGCCCCUCAUUAGAGUAUUUUCAUACGAGGUACUUUUCCACACAGAUACCUGUUAAAUUAAAAGGUUGUAUGGAGCAUUGGCCUGCAACUAGAAAAUGGAUGGAUGUGAAUUAUUUGUUACGCAUAGCAGGUGACCGUACUGUUCCGAUAGAAAUAGGGUCCCACUAUGCCGAUGAAAAUUGGUCGCAAAAACUAAUGACGCUGAAGGAUUUCAUUUACAAGCACUAUUUAGGAUAUACCGCUGAUAUUGGAUAUUUGGCCCAGCAUAAUUUGUUUGAACAGAUAACAGAGCUUAAAGACGAUAUUUGCAUACCAGAGUAUUGCUGUGUAAGCGGAGACUACGAGAAUAUUACAGAACCAGAUAUAAAUGCAUGGUUCGGUCCUCGAGGCACCGUGUCUCCGUUGCAUUACGAUCCCAAAAAUAAUAUUCUAGCACAGGUUUACGGCACAAAGCAGCUUCUUCUGUUUUCACAGAGCGACUCCCCUUACCUGUACCCACACGACAGCAAGUUACUGUGUAAUACAGCUCAGGUGGACCCCCUUGCUCCGGAUUUGCAGAGGUAUCCUGAAUUUGUCAAGUGCAAAAUGUACAAGUGCCUUUUAGAGCCUGGAGAGAUGCUGUUCAUACCGAUGAAGUGGUGGCACCAUGUUACAGCGUUAGAUAAAAGUUUUUCCGUCAGUUUUUGGUGGCAGUGAGGUUUUCUCACGCUUCGCCUUCGACUGUAUCCACAGGUCAGGUGUAUAGAGCGAUUAUAUGAACUAUUUUUGUAGGGAAAACCAAAAUAAAAAAAAAAUGAAUAGUCUAUUUAUGAUUAAAAAAGAAUACUUGACGAAAGUUCUGGGAGUCGGGAGAACGGUUCCGUUAUAAGAUAUUUGGGAUGGGGUAAUGCGUUCCAAUUUAAUUUCAAAGUUACAUACGAGUUAACGUACUUGGAGCGCAAUGGAUCCCUUUUUGCAGAUUUACACGCAUUGCACAGUGAAGCGAGUUCAAAUUUAUUGUUCUUUUGUACAAGUUGGGAACGAAACACAAAAUUCUUAUUAUAGUAUUAAAAUUUCCAUUUUUCUGAAGGAAAUGGAGAUUAAUUUCAUCGAUGAGGAAAAAAAUAUUUCUACUAAAAGUAUUUAUUUAACAAAACAAUACCAAUAAGAAACAUUAACAUUAAGAAAUAAUAUAAAAAUGGGAUAAUUACAAGUUACAACAGAAUCGGGAGCAA